AUGCCGAUCCAAGCAAACGGAGUCCCAAGGAAACUAGCCGACCCUUUCGACUUUGGUGGUGGCCAUAUGGACCCUGACAGAGCUGUUGACCCUGGCCUGGUUUAUGACCUCGAUGCAAGGGAGUACAACAAGUUCUUGAACUGCACCCAAGGAUUAUCAGACGGUUGCAAGUCCUACAAUCUUAACCUCAACCUCCCGUCGAUCACUGUGCCAGACCUUAAGGGCCAUGUCAUUCUUCGGCGCACUGUGACUAACGUUGGGCCAACAGAAGCAACAUAUCAUUUAGUGGUUGAAGCUCCAGCAGGGAUAGAUGUGUCGGUGGAACCAUCUGUGAUCAGUUUCACCCAAGGCAACAGUAGAAGCGCGACAUUUAUGGUGACAUUCACAACAAGACAGAGAGUGCAAGGAGGAUACACUUUUGGGAGCUUGACAUGGUCAGACGGAAGUACCCGCUCAGUGAGAAUUCCUGUUGCGGUACGAACUGUGAUACAAGACUUUGUUGCGGACACGUCCUAA